AUGAAUAUUUUGAGAGAGGUUCUCAAAGGAAAGAACAAGAAUGAAUAUAACAUUACUCUCUAUCAAUAUCAAGUAUGCCCUUUCUGUUGUAAGGUUAGAGCAUAUUUGGAUUUUAAUCAAAUCCCAUACAAAAUUAUUGAAGUCAAUCCAUUAUUCAAAUCAGAAAUUAAAUUUUCCAAAGAUUACAGAAAAGUACCAAUAGUUGUCAUUGAUGGACUUAUUAAUAAUCAAUUGAACGAUUCUUCCAGAAUUAUUACUCACUUGAAUGAUGUUCUCGAUGAAACUAAAACAAUGAACACUAAGGAUACUGUCAAGUGGAGAAAAUGGGUUGAUGAUACUUUCGUACAUACUCUUGCUCCAAACAUUUAUAGAACUAAUGAAGAAGCCGUAGAGGCAUUUGAAUACAUUUCUGAACAAAAUGGUUUCAGUUGGUUCCAAAAGCAAGCAGUUUUAUAUGGAGGUUCAUUUACCAUGUAUGCAGUAGCCAAGAGACUGAAGAAAAAGUAUGGUAUUGAAGAUGAAAGAGAAGCCAUUUUUUCUUGUGGUAAAAAGUGGAUUAAUGAAGCUGUUUUACCAAAUGGACGUUUCCAUGGUGGUGAUAAACCAGAUCUUGCAGAUCUUGCUGCCUAUGGUAUUUUGACAUCUAUUGAAGGUUUGAGAACCUUUAAUGAAUUGACCAAGGAAGUACCUCAACUUGGUGCAUGGUAUGAUAUGAUGAAGAGAACUGUUCCAAAAUGUUCUGGUAUAAAAAUUAACAAGUAA